GGGCAGGGCCGCCGCGGGUCCCUCCCUGUCUCGUCCCUCCCCUGCUCGGGCGGCGGCGUGCCCGGGGCGCUCGGCCGGCCGGGAGGCUUCGGGGCUCUGCUGCGCUGCGCCUGGCCUCGGCCCGGCCCUGCCCGUGCGAGGGAAGCGGCGACAGGAGGGGAAAGCAGACAGAUGCUUCUGAAUACCCCAUGGCUGCAGCUGCCGCAGUUCAUUCGUUUAUUGCCUAUUGUAACUUGGAAGCAUUCUUCAGGUCAGAUCAUCUCCUGGGACCCAUCACUGCCUUCUGGUUAAGGAAUCCAAGCACACGUACAGGAUGACUCAACAGUGGGAUGGAUGUUCAGAUACCAGAAAGGUGCUGGUAACUUGACGGGAACUUCCACAUUCUUUGGAGAGACCUACUGUAUGUAAGAACAUUCAAGGCAUUUGUGCAGCUUGAAUAGACUGGAUUAUUCCAGCACCUGAAACUUUCAUGAUGAAAAGAGCUAGGCAGAAGGUUGUGGUUGAAAAUCAAAUUCCUCAGACAUCACAAAAAAACAAAAAACAGAAGACUUGCUUUGGUGAAUCUGACCCCCUUGCCUCAGUGGACUGGGGAAGCCUUCCGCACCAUGUUAUUCUGUGCAUUUUCCAGUUCCUACCCUUAGUAGAUCGAGCCAGGGCAUCUUCUGUUUGCCGAAGGUGGAAUGAAGUUUUUCACAUCCCAGAUCUCUGGAGGAGAUUUGAAUUUGAACUUACCCAGCCAGCUACUUCUUACUUAAAGUCUACUCAUCCUGAUCUGAUUCAGCAGAUUAUCAAGAAGCACGGUGAUCAUCUGCAGUACGUCAGCUUCAAGGUUGAUAGUAGCACAGAGUCAGCAGAAGCAGCCUGUGACAUCCUUUCUCAGUUGGUUAACUGUUCUAUCAAGACAUUGGGUUUGAUUUCUACAGCAAAACCAAGCUUCAUGAAUGUCUCUAAGGCUCACUUUGCUUCAGCACUUACUGUAGUUUUUGUAAACUCCAAGUCGUUAUCAUCAAUCAAGGUAGAUGACACACCACUUGAUGAUCCGUCCUUGAAGGUUCUUGUUGCGAACAAUAGUGAUACUCUAAAACUGCUAAAGAUGAGCAGCUGUCCUCAUUUAUCACCUGCUGGAGUUCUUUGUGUUGCUGAUCACUGUCAUGGACUUAAGGAGCUGGCUUUGAACUACUACAUACUAAGUGAUGAACUGUUGCUGGCUCUUUCAAGUGAAAAACAUGUUGACCUUGAACACCUUCGCAUAGACAUUGUGAGUGAAAAUCCUGGACAAGUUGAGUUUCACACCAUUAAAAAGCAAAGCUGGGAUGCUUUUGUCAAACACUCCCCCAAAGUCAACAUUGUGAUGUAUUUCUUCUUAUAUGAAGAAGAAUUUGAUGCUUUCUUCAGGGAGGAAACUCCUGUUACCCACCUUUACUUUGGCCGUGCAGUAAGCAAAGCAAUGUUAGGUCGCAUUGGCAUGAAUUGCCCAAGGUUAAUUGAGCUGGUUGUGUGUGCUAAUGGACUUCAGCCUUUGGACGAUGAACUUAUUCAGAUUGCUGAGCGCUGUAAGAACUUAACAGCCAUGGGACUUGGUGAAUGUGAAGUAACUUGCAGAGGUUUUAUUGAGUUCGUAAAGGUGUGUGGAGGCAGGCUUAACCAGCUCUCUAUAAUGGAGGAGGUACUGAUUCCAGAUAAUGAUUACAGCUUAGAUCGACUUCAUUUGGAAGUCUCCAAACACCUUGGAAGAAUGUGGUUUCCUGAUAUGAUGCCAACAUGGUGAACUCUUCAUCGGUGGAUAAACAAGUAGAAAUGUGGCGUUACUUUCUAUGCAAAUAAAGAAUUUAAAAAGGAAAUAGGAAAAUGUAUUUUCAGAUUUGAGUUUUUUACCUUGAGAACCUGUAGUAGUGUUACAGCAAAAUAUUCAAGAACGUUAAUGGUAUAUUGAAAUAGAAACUAGAUUAAGUGUACUUAACACUCCUGAAAGUAUGCCUGUUGUUUACAGGUGCUUCAUCCUCCAGUGAACUGAGGCUUCUCUGAGCUCCAGUUGUGAUGUUCUCUUUGCAUUAAGAUUUUUUUCCAUGUGUGUGUUAGUCUUUCUUUAGCAGUCAGAGGACUAGAGCAAAUGUUUCUACUUGAGCAACUCCAACUUCAUGGGAAACUGGAUACAACUUGGAGUUCAGGAAGACUGUUUUAUUUGCCAUGUUUUAUGCAGCUAUUUUUCAAAAUAUUCUUGUUAUACGUAUAAAAACUUGUACAUUAAAAUACUAGUCCAGGUGACUCAAGUCUAGCAUAAAGUCCUGCCAGUAUAUUAAAAUGUUGUGGUAAAUAAGCUUAUGCUACCAAAUAAGUCUGGAAGAUUUUAAAUUGCACUUUAGCUAAACUGGUAGAGCGACUAAAACUGUAGAGAGCAUUGUACAGUGUUUUGUUUUUCUAUCUUGUGCAUUAAGUGGAUGGAAAAGACAUUGUGUUAAAGUUAGUGAAUUUAAAGGUUAGUUGUAGAUUGCUUGAAAGAACAGCCAAGUGUGUUGGAAACAGCCGGAGUAUAUGGAAUGGCUUCUGAGUUUGAGAGUUUGUAUUUUUGGUUACAAACGUUGAUGUCUGAAGGCUGUUCAGGGCUCUGAAUAGUCAGAGAUAAGAAGGAUCCCAUAAAUGUAGCUAGUGAGAAGGAAGGGUUGAGUGGAAUACUGUUGUUUUCAAUCACUUUCUGGAAUUAAGGGUUUAGAGCAUUUCAAAAACUUCUUUGCCAGUUAGAGGCCAGAAUGGCCUGUAGUAGCCUUUCCUGCUGUGCUGUCAGUCCUGAUUUCUAGAAUGUGUAUUGCUAGAGGUAAUACUGAACUUUUUGGUUCAGGAGGGAUUAUGAGACUGUUUAAUACUUGUUAUUUUAUUUUGAGGAAGAAGACUUUCUUUUUUUUCCACUGUGGAAAGGAACGAUGAGCUGAUGUGAACUAGAGUAUGUAUUUUUGUGAUGACAUUUUGCACAGUUUGUGAACUGAAAUGCAUUGUAUACAUAUUUUUCUCUACUUGUUUUCAUGCUGCAGUUCUAUAUUCCUGUUUGUAAUGAAAGUCUACAUUUGAUGUAAUUUACUGUUUGUCACAUCAGAUAAAGAGUCAAAUAGUUUCUUCCACAUCUAUACUUUUUUACUGUAAAAAAAAAAAGGCUGAAGGCCUCCAUUGUAUGGAUCAAUGUUUUUGAUUUGUUCGCAGUUAUAAGCUAAAGGAAUUCAGGUGAUAAAUAAUGCAUGUCUGAACCAAUAACGUAUUACUGCUUGUUGCACAACUAAAGAAGUGUCUGGCUCUGGUUAUUAACACUAUUACCCAAGCACCUGCUUUGUAAUCAUGGGGGUCGAACAAAAGACAGGUAUUUCCAAAUGGUACUUGGUUUAAGAUGUGUGACUUGCUGUAACUGUAAACAAUAAACUGAUCUAAUACAUGCACUGA